AUGUUUAAGUCACAAGUUUGCAGACGUGCUGUCGCUAGAAUGUUUUCCUCUAAGCAGCCCUCUAUUGGUAAAUUCACCGGUAAGCCAGACCCAAAAACCGGUAACUACAAAGUUUCCUUCAUCGAAGGUGAUGGUAUCGGCCCAGAAAUUUCCAAGUCUGUUAAGGACAUCUUUGCAGCUGCUAAAGUUCCAGUUGAUUUCGAGUCUGUCGUAGUUAAACCUAUUCUAGUCAAUGGUGUUACUUCCAUUCCCGAAGAAGCUCAAAAAUCUAUUAAUACCAAUUUAGUCGCAUUGAAAGGACCAUUGGCCACUCCUGUUGGUAAGGGUCACAGAUCAAUGAACUUGACAUUGAGAAAAACUUUUGGUCUUUUCGCUAACCUACGUCCUGCUAAAUCCGUGGAAGGUUUCAAGACAAUCUAUGACAACGUCAACUUGGUUUUGAUCAGAGAAAACACCGAAGGUGAAUACGCUGGUAUUGAACACGCUAUUGUUCCAGGUGUCGUUCAAUCUAUCAAAUUGAUCACUAGAGAAGCUUCUGAAAGAGUUAUCAGAUUUGCCUACGAGUACGCAAGAGCUGCUGAAAGACCAAGAUUGAUCGUUGUCCACAAAUCAACUAUCCAAAGAUUGUCUGAUGGUCUUUUCGUCGACGUUGCAAAGGAACUACAAUCUGAAUUCCCAGAUAUCAAAUUGGAAACCGAAUUGAUUGACAAUGCAGUUUUGAACACCGUUACCGAUCCAACUAAAUACUCCGACGCUGUUUCCGUUUGCCCUAACUUGUACGGUGAUAUCUUGAGUGAUAUGAACUCUGGUUUGAGUGCGGGCUCUCUAGGUUUGACUCCAUCUGGUAACAUCGGUCACAAGGUUUCCAUUUUUGAAGCUGUCCACGGUUCUGCUCCUGAUAUCGCUGGUAAGGACAAGGCAAACCCAACCGCAUUGUUGUUAUCCUCCGUGAUGAUGUUGCACCACAUGGGCUUGCACGAACAUGCCUCUCAAAUUGAAAAGGCCGUUUUGACCACUAUUGCUGCUGGUCCUGAAAGCAGAACCGGUGACUUGAAGGGUAGCGCCUCCACUUCUUCAUUCACUGAAGCUGUUAUUAAGAAAUUGUAA